AUGCUAUCCUCAAAUAUUCCACAACACUGUCCCGUUAAAAAGAAGAGAGUCGGUAAGGCUUGCGACUCUUGUCGCAUCAAGAAGACCAAGUGUGACGGUAAAAAGCCUUGCAAUCGGUGCUUGCUUGACAAUAAGAUCUGUGUGUUUUCAGAGAAAAGGAGGGUUAAGGAAAAGAUCCACCCACCGGGAUACAUCGAGUUGUUGGAAACAAGGUUGGACAUCUUGUCAAAGCUGUUUGAGACUUUAAUCGAGUUUUCUAGACCUCACUUGUCUUUUAUUGAUGAGAUUGUGAAGGAAGAAGAGGAGAAGCUACACAUAAAGACGGAGGCUCCUGAUGACGAUGCAUCCUCGCCAGAAUCAAAUGAAGAAUCUGGAAUAGCAGGCACCAUUCCCAUCAACAAGGUUGUGUCGUAUUUGAUUGAUCAGCGUGGAAUGUUGAAGAACGUGCCAAUUGAAUGGGAAGAAGGUGCAUUUAUUGCUGCUAAUUACAAUGGAGACAACUUGCAAUCUGCUUCAAAGUCAUUUGCUGAACACAAGUCAGAAAAGCUUGCAAUGAAUGAAGCCAAUUCACUAGAAAGACAUUCCUCGCCAGCUAUGAAACUGAUCAAUAGAUCAAACUCAGCCUCAUCAGCAAAGUCCCUUGUAACGAAAAAGAUCAAGGAGGAGCCGGUGUCUCCUGCUUCAGUGCGUAGCUUUUCAAGUAACUUCAACUUCAAUAACGAUGAGCGUUGGAUGUCAAAUGAUCCAUUGUUGUCUGAGGUAGAGAGUGAUUCACCACAGUCCAUUCACGAAACCCAAGAACAGAAGCGUCAACGAAGCGUCGAAUACGAUGGCCACAGCCACAUUCCCCUUACUGCUUCAUUGUUCUCCAACACAAACUACCGCAAUCAAUCAAUAAGCAAAAACUCUUCGGUCACAUCGUUGAAUAAUAAGUACGAAGCACACACUUUGUCUUCAGCGCCAAAUUCUUUGUCUUCGUCCACCCCGCCAUCAUCAAUCUUCACCCCCAAUAGCGCCACUGCAAAGUCCGCUCUUCGGAGGUCCUCCUCAACGCUUUCACAAACUCAACACAACAAAUUGAAAGGCUGUAUAUUCAGUCACCAUCACAACCACAAAUCGUCUCAUCAUACUCGUCAGACAUCGCUUGAACUUAACAAGAGAAGCAGCAGCUCCGAGGCCUCUCCUACAGGUACAGUGAAUCACAUGCCACCCGGAUCACAGUCUUUAUCUGCAAUCACACCACUUGCUAAUGGGCCCACAGAGCUUGACAAGUAUUACGAUGCAAUUGGUGAAGGAGUACCACUGCAGCCUUCAUUCGACUUAUCUCCCACGACGAAUGAUCAGUCGGAUACAGCAAUAGACGAAGGUUUUUACAGUGAGAUUUGCCGGGGUCCACUAAGUAUGCAUGGCCCUGGAGCAUUUGAAGUUUUGAUUGGUGCUUACGAAGACUCGUUUAUGAAUAACAAGCCAUUUUUUGGGGAAAGAUAG